GUCACGCUAUAACCGGAAGUUCCAGCGCAUGCGACAGUGAUUGAACGGAAGUUUAAACAGCCCAGUGGAAACAGCGAAAACAUGGACGACGACGUGCUGACGACGUUAAAGAUUUUAAUCAUCGGUGAAAGUGGUGUCGGUAAAUCAAGUUUGCUGCUGCGCUUCACAGAUGACACUUUCGACCCAGAAUUAGCUGCAACUAUUGGUGUGGACUUCAAAGUGAAAACUAUUGCAAUAGAUGGCAACAGAGCCAAGCUGGCGAUAUGGGACACAGCGGGUCAGGAGAGAUUCAGGACUCUAACACCAAGCUACUACAGAGGAGCACAGGGUGUCAUUUUAGUGUAUGAUGUGACAAAGCGGGACACAUUCACAAAACUUGAGAACUGGCUGAAUGAGCUGGAGACAUACUGCACACGCAAUGACCUGGUUAAAAUGCUUGUGGGCAACAAAAUUGACAAGGACAAUCGUGAAGUAGACAGGAAUGAAGGCUUGAAGUUUGCACGGAAACACUCUAUGCUUUUUAUCGAGGCUAGCGCAAAGACGCGGGACGGAGUACAGUGUGCCUUUGAAGAACUAGUGGAAAAGAUCUUGCAGACGCCGGGGCUCUGGGAGAGCAGCAUCCAGAACCACGGAGUCCAGCUGUCCGAUCACGAGCAGCAGCGUCAGGGCGCCUGCGGGGGCUACUGCUCCUUGGUUUAACAUCUUCACCUCAUCCCACAACCACAAACUGAGAUGGAAAAAAAAAUGAGUGCUGAAUGAGUGCUGCUUCUGAGGGGGAACGGUCUGCUCCCUUAGAGCUGGUCAAAGGGACCUUUGCAGUUUGCACACCAUUCUGUGUCACUCAGUUUUUGUCUUCAAAUUCCCAAUAUUGUCAUAUUAAGUCAUGUUAUUCUCGAUUAAUGUUUCACAGUGCUAAAAUACCUGUAGCCUAUGUAAUGUUGUCAUGAAUAAAUGUUUAAGGUUACGUUUUGAGCAUCUUGAAAUAUGGCAGGUAUUUGCCCCCCAGCAAGAAGACCGAGCUGACAUUAUUCCUCCUCAAUGGGAGCGUUUCCUUUGACCUGAUGUGCAUAGGCCAGUAGGAUUGCAGGAGGGGAGGGGUCGAAAUAUUUGAGGAUCUUAUCAGUGUGGUGAACUCGAGUCAAACAUGAUCAACAUCAAAUGGCCUGUGUGUACAUGUACUACUACAUGUUACAUUUCCUUUAUACUAUUUGCUUAAUCUGUUUUCUGCUGCUCCUGUUUUAAACUCUUGCUUUUUAUAACAUUCAUAAUCCCAUGUUAUUUUUAUAAUAUUUUUUGCUUUGGAAUGUUGCUUAGCAUGAUCCUACAUUCUUUAGCUAGAAAUAUUCUUCUAUAAAUAAUAUAUCUCCUGAUCUGUCUAUGCUGAAGUAAUUCAGCUAUUUAUGUCUAUGAAAUGUAAAUGCAGUGUAGCCACAGUAUCUCUCCUGACUUGAGAUACAGUGCUGUUUGUUUUUGAAAUGCCUUCAUUAAUGUAAUCCAUAACGACUAUACCUCUUUCUUGUCCAAAUAACACUUGGGAUGAUCCACUUUA